GGUCAGGCCAUGACCCCGAGGGAGCAGCUGAGAAAGAUGUCAGCGAUGGGGGAGCAGGGGGCUCUGGAUGAGAAACACUGGUAUCGCCUGGUCAACGGCAUGUCUGCUGGAGAGCUACGUCAGCGGCAGGAGAUGAUGAUGAGGAACCAGAUGACCAUGACUCCUCAGAUCCUGGCCCAGGGACAGCAGAGGCUACAGGGGGUGCCCACACAGUUUGAGCCCCGCUUCAUGGAAAGAGAGCUAGCUCCUCCCUCUGAGAUGGUAUCUUCUGAGGUCAGGCAGAUGCACAUGGGGGGACACCUCGGUCCGCCCAUGCCCCCACACCCUGGAAUACCUGGCAGGGGCUUUCCUGGAGCUGGCUAUAGCUUCAUGCCCUCAGAGCCCAUGGAAACAGUUGCCCGGCGACAGGAGCUCAUCCACAAGCAGAACAUCGCCAGGAUGGAGAUGAAUGCCAUCCUCCACCAGAAGGAGAUGGAGAACGCGCAUCAGAAGGGUCUGAUGGGCAUGGAGGCGCCCAUGAUGUACCAGUCUAACGCCAUGGCGUUCCGAGGGCGCCAACGCCUCCCAGACGGCCACGAUGUCUUCGUCCACCGCACCACACUGGAGGAAAUGCAGGCCAACAGCCUCCUGAUGUCCUCCAGCCCCUAUCCACCAAUCAGCACGCUGCAGAGGGAGAGGAGCCGCAGGGCCGGUCGCAGAGCAACUAAUCACAAGAGCGCAGAGAGCCACCCAAAGGGCCAAUCGGAGGACAAGAGCGUGGAGCAGAGUCCCGGCGGUGCCUCGGGAGAGGAGAAAGAGGCGGAGGGGAAAAUGGACAUGGGAGGGGAGGCGGCCAGCAAACAACAUCAAACCAAAAUGGAUGCACAGCUCUCGGCUGGCAGCAGGAAGAGCUACAAGGAGGAGGAGCAGGGCCUGCGCAAGGCCUGCAUAAACAGUCAAGAUGGCUGCCCUGACGUUACCAACUGCAACAGUGGGGCCAGUGACAAAGACAUGCCUGGCCAAUGCUCUGCGUUCCAGUAUCCCUCCGCCAGUGGACCUAUCCCAGGCAUGCCUUACAUGUUCCCUCAUGGGCACCCCAAUCUCUUUCUCAACGGAGAAGAUAUGUCCUCUAUCCAAGACCUUAGGAAGUGGACAGUGGACGACGUGUACAACUUCAUCAACAACAUACCCAGCUGCUCUGAAUAUGCUCAGACGUUCAAGGACCACGUGAUAGAUGGGGAAACGUUGCCGCUCCUGACAGAAGACCAUCUACUGGACACCAUGGGACUGAAGCUGGGUCCUGCACUCAAGAUACGAUCACAGGUGUCUCGACGGCUAGGCAGCAUGUUUUAUAUGAUGAACCUCCCGCUCGCCGCUGCCGCCGCCGCCGCUCUGCAGGCCGCCCCUGAGAAGGCAGGAGGAGGCCGAUCGUCAGAGAUCAGCUCCCCUGUUAACUGUAACAGUGUGGAGAUGAUGGGCAGCCCGUGCACCAGAGACCCAGAGGGCCUGAAACCAACCGACUCCCUCCCAGAGACUGACAACCCCUCUCCCCCUUCGGCCAGCAGUGGAACUGUCUGAGGUAUCAGUGUGUGGGAGAAGAGUCGUCAGCCAGUGGCUCAGAUCCAAGUCGACCACUAGCCCCUACCACAUACACAUAGACACAUACCCUCUAAGGACUUCAUGUAGAUUUUUAAGCAUUGGAUGGGUAUAAGUGAUAUAGUAAUAGCUGCAUCUUGCCCUCUGAUUGGCUAGAUGGAAUUGUUGCUGGGUUGGAUACACCAACCUUCGUGCACAGGAAGUAGGAAGUAGGGUUCGAUUAGGAAUUCAGCAAGUGUUCCAGCCCAAAGAGCUGCUUUUAAGCUGCUAACCAUUUCCAUCAGGCAAUGGUGUUCACUUUUCUAGUGUGUGUCCUGCAGUGUUUAAACUGCUAGGUAUAUGAUGGCAUUUUUUGUAUGUAUUUAGUUAUAGUUGAAAUGUUUGGUACUUUUUUUCCACCAUGUUUCAGUUUCAAGAUGGAGGCAAUAAACCCCAGCCAGUAGAAAUAUAGAUGGCUUGAUGAAGAAUGGGAAGAACACUGAAUAUACACAUGACCUCUGUGUUU